CUGAAAUCUACUAGCUGCUUUGAAAUAUAAUAAUAUAAUAAAUCGACAAUGGGCUUGACAAAACAGUAUUUGAGAUACUUACCAGCUGGUAAUUUAAAUAUCAUCUCUAGCCCGAGAUGCAAUCUUGUCUUUGUGACUCUAGAAGGCCAGGAGGGUAGAUUUGUUGCUACGGGUGCCUGCGAACAUGUCAUUAUCUGGGACCUUCGUCUUGGUGAACAGGCUCAAAUUCUCUCUGGAGAAAAGUCAGUUGCUACUCAGCUAGCUGCUUCCCCGAAUAAACGCCACAUUGCUGUGGGUUACGAAGAUGGUGCAGUCAAAACCUUUGAUCUUCGCUCAGGUGAAACGGUCAGCAUAUUCAUGGGGCACAGAUCUGAAGUUACCACAUUGGCUUAUGAUAGUUUGGGUCACCGCCUUGCCUCUGGAUCCAAGGAUACGGAUAUCAUUGUUUGGGACGUUGUAGCAGAAACUGGAGUAUGUAGAUUGUCGGGACACAAAGGCAGUGUAACCAAAGUAAUGUUUCUUAAAGACCACAAUAUUGUCGUCAGUGCCAGUAAAGACACUUUUGUUAAAUUCUGGGACUUGGAUACCCAACAUAAUUUCAAAACUCUAAUCGGACAUAGAUCAGAGGUCUGGUGCUUGAUCCUUGCCAAUGAAGAUCGAUAUCUGAUUACCGGAUGCAAUGAAAACGAGCUGUUUGUGUGGAAGAUCUCUUUCGCUGAUGCCGUCAAAGACAGAGAGGCCACUAAAAAUUGGACAGAGUCAAAUACAAGUGAAGAGGAUUACCCGCUAAGAUGUGAAAAAGCUGGAAGUAUACUCAGGGUUGGCCGUGGUCGUGUAGUUUCCCUGUGUUGCGACGCCACAAGCCGCCUAGUAAGUUGCCAUGGAACGGAUAACACCCUGGAACUAUUUCAUUUCAUUCCAGAUGACUUGGUCCAAUCUAGGCUACUGAAAAGGCAGAAAAAAGAAAAAAAGAAGGCUACAAAGGAAGGAAAGCCGGUGGAAGAAAUUAUUGCCGAUUAUACUACUAAUUUAAGAGUCGAGAUCAAACGCCUUCCAGUUAUCAAAACUGCGAACAAAGUCAAAGCACUGGAUCUUGUCCUGGGCAAAGGAGGAGAACUCAGGGUCUGCGCGAACGUAAAUAACAACAGCGUAGAACUUCAUUCAGGAACAAUAACAGAUGACGCAGUCACUUUCAAGCUUUUAAGGUCUUUGACAAACUACGGACAUCGGACCGACGUCAGGGCCGUGUGUUUCAGCUCUGACAACUUAGCUUUGGCAACGGCAAGCGGUGAUUCCGUAAAAUUGUGGAACAGACCUUCAUUGGCUUGCCUGAGAACGGUGGAGUGUGGCUACGCUUUGACGGCAUGCUUUGCGCCGGGAGAUAGACAUCUGAUCGUUGGUUUGAAAGAUGGCAAAAUGUUAAUAAUUGACAUUGCUUCUGGAGAUGUACUCGAGGAAAUCCCAGCACACAGCAAGGAAGUGUGGAGCGUUGUGUUAUUUCCUGAUAUGAGAGGCGUUGCCAGUGGCAGUGGUGAUGGCACUGUGAAAUUCUGGAAUUUCGAACUUGUUGAGGAUCCUCAGAGCCAAACAAAAGCCAAGGUCUUGUCCGUUUUGCAUUCGAGAACCCUGACGAUGGAAGAAAGUGUUUUGGCCGUCAGGAUCAGUCCUAACGGUAGAUUUAUUGCUGUGGCUCUACUCGAUUCCACGGUGAAGAUUUUUUUUCUCGAUACGUUUAAGUUUUUUGUUUCUCUCUAUGGUCACAAGCUGCCGGUAAUUUGUAUGGACAUAUCAAGCGACUCUACCUUAAUUGCAACUGGCUCGGCUGACCGAAACGUGAAAAUUUGGGGUUUGGACUAUGGUGAUUGCCACAAAUCCAUCUUUGCACACGACGAUUCGGUAACUGGGCUUGUCUUUGUCCCGAGAACUCAUUACUUCUUCACCUGCGGAAAAGAUGGUAGCGUCAAGCAGUGGGAUUCGGACAAUUUUCAAAAAAUCAUCACGCUACAUGGCCAUGCGGGCGAGUCUUGGAACUGUGCGGUAUCUCCAAAUGGAAUAUACGUUGCUUCCUGUGGCUCGGACAAGGUCGUUCGAAUGUUUGAGCGGUCCUCGGAGCCUCUGGUAUUGGAGGAUGAAGGUGAAGAGGAGAGAGAGAGACUGGAGAAUGAUCUAGCCACAGGGGAAACAAAUGCAGUUCAGGGUCAGAAGGCGCAGUCUCUGCCUUCGAGGAAAACUGUGAACAGCGAAAAAGCGGCCGAAUUGAUACUUGAAUGUUUGGAAAUAUCCAAAGCCUACCAAGAACAAUUGGACGCAGUCGUGCCUCCGCAUCCUCCGCCGGUACUGCCGCCGUUGAUGCAAGCGUUCUCUUGCGCGACCACCCAGGAUUUUCUCUUAGAAACUAUCAAACGCGUUCGAGCUAGCGAACUUGAAGAAGCUCUAUUGCUUUUGCCGUAUUCCGCCGCCUGCGAAAUUUUGAAGGUUCUUCCCGAGCUUUUCAACAGCAAUUAUCAAGCCGAGCUAGUUUCCAGACUUACAUUGAGCUUAGUUCGCGCCCACCAUAGUCCUAUUGUGACUAGCAAGGAGCUCUUGACUAUUUUGGAUAAAAUAAGAACUCUGAGCCUAGAAAGAGUAACUGCGUUACGGGACACGGUCGGUUACAAUCUGUACGGUCUGGCGUUCACGCAACGUUUAAUCGAGGAACAACAGGGAAUCCAGCUCUUCAAAGAUGCGUCAAAGAGCCGAAAGCAGAAGAACAAAGUCAGGCGCAACAAAGAAAGAGCUCUGAAAAGGGCGAUCAUGAGUUUGUAGAUGAAACAUCUUGAGCUGUAAUCUUCUGUACAUACGUUACAUUAUCGAAAAUACAUCUGAUUCGCCGCAA